AUGGAUCAAGAGUUGGCAGAUAUAGAGUCUCAAACUGAGGAAACCCCUAAUAUCCACCACAAAGGAAAAAGUCCAGUGAUUCUGAAGUUUGAUGAUGUUGUGUAUAAAAUUAAAACAAAGAAAGGUGGGUUACUAAAGAAGAAAAGGGAUGCAGAAGAGAAAGUGAUACUAAAGGGAGUGACAGGUAUUGUUGAACCUGGUGAAAUGCUAGCCAUGUUAGGUCCAUCAGGAAGUGGCAAAACAACUUUGCUUACAGCAUUGGGAGGAAGGCUUGGAGGGAGGCUUGGAGGGAGCAUAACAUACAAUGGUCAAGCAUUUUCCAAUGCAAUAAAGAGGAACACUGGUUUUGUUUCCCAAGAUGAUGUUCUUUACCCCCACUUGACUGUGACUGAGACCCUUGUGUUCACUGCACUUCUUAGAUUGCCUAAUAGUAUCACCAAAGAAGAGAAAGUUGAGCAUGCAAAAGCUGUGAUAGAUCAACUUGGUUUGACCAAGUGUAAGGAUAGCAUUGUUGGAAGCCCAUAUUUGAGGGGAGUUUCUGGGGGGGAGAGAAAGAGGGUUAGCAUUGGACAAGAAUUACUAAUAAACCCAAGCUUGUUGUUUCUUGAUGAACCCACUUCUGGCCUAGACUCAACCACGGCACAAAGAAUUGUCUCAACCUUGUGGGAGCUUGCAAGUGGAGGGAGAACUAUUGUGAUGACAAUACACCAACCUUCAAGUAGGUUAUACUAUUUGUUUCAUAAGGUGUUGUUGCUAUCAGAAGGGAACACGUUGUAUUUUGGAAAGGGAUCUGAAGCCAUUGAAUAUUUUUCUAGUAUUGGAUAUGCCCCAGCAUUGGCCAUGAACCCUUCAGACUUCCUUUUGGAUCUUGCAAAUGGUACGCUUCUUUUUUCUAUGCAUUUUAGCAAAUAUGAGAUGUUAUCUGCAGGUAUCUACACUGAUGCAUUGAAUGAGGACCACACCAUAGAUAAACAGAAUUUAAUUUCAAUGUGUAAGAGAAACUUUGAUGCACAAUUGAAGCCAGCACUUGAAGGAACCAUUGACUCUGGUAAAAGUCUGAGUAGAUUUCAAGAAACAGAAAAAUGGCCCACGAGUUGGUCGCAGCAAUUCUUUGUGCUAUUAAGAAGAGAUGUCAAAGAGAGGAAGUACGAAUCAUUUUCUGGUCUGCGGAUUGGUCAGGUCCUUGUGGUUGCACUCAUUUCAGGACUACUUUGGUAUAAGUCUGAUAUUUCACAUUUGCAGGAUCAGAUUGGGCUUCUAUUCUUCAUAUCUGGCUUUUGGGGGUUUUUUCCUCUCUUUCAAGCAAUUUUCACCUUUCCUCAAGAGCUUAUGAUGCUAGAGAAAGAAAGAUCCUCAGGAAUGUAUAGGCUUUCUUCAUACUUCAUGUCAAGGAUGGUAGCUGAUCUUCCAAUGGAACUUGUUCUUCCGACAAUCUUUCUUUGCAUAACCUAUUGGAUGGCAGGGUUGAAAGCUAAAGUGGUCAAUUUCUUGUAUACACUUCUCAGCCUCUUACUAAAUGUGUUAGUCUCCCAAGGCCUAGGCCUUGCAAUUGGUGCUGGUGUAAUGGAUCAAAAAUCAGCAACCACACUCGCCUCAGUGAUUAUGUUAUGUUUUUUGCUAGCUGGUGGAUUUUAUGUUCAGCAUGUUCCAAAGUUUAUAGCAUGGGUGAAGUACAUUUCCAUCAGCUACUACACUUACCAGCUCUUUAUUGGGUCUCAAUAUAACUAUGGUGAGACAUACCCUUGUUCUAAUGGCCAGUGCCAAAUUUCAGGAUUUCCUUCCAUCAAGGAAAUGGGGUUUCAGUUUCAUUUGCAUGGACAAAUCAUGGCUGCAUCAGCAUUAGUGAUAAUGCUAGUAGGUUACAGACUUAUAGCUUAUCUUGCUCUUAUGAGGAUUGGAGUGAUAAAGAGCUUGGCCUAA